GCGCGAAUCUUCGUCGUCGUCAUCGUCAUCGUCACCGUCUUCACCGUCGUCGCAGUGCAAUGAUGGAAGAAAGUGUGGCGGAUUUAUUGAAAAAUUGGGGAUUUGAGAAAUUUGUCUCAAUAUUUGAAGAUGAGUCACCAGUCACAAUUUUGCAUAAGUUUGCUAAACUUUUUGAGCCAGUAAUACUGAAUGCACGAAUUGACAAAUUCAAGACGCGGCCGACUAGAGCAGAAAUUGCGGAAGGAUUGGUAUUGCACGUAAAGGUUAUUGACGAUUUGAUGCCAGCAAUUAACCGCAUGCGCUUGAAAGCUGAGCAGCUAAAAACAACAUUGCAACCCCUGGCGGCAGUUGUUGGCCUCACUCCGCAAAAUAUAACUGCAUCGUAGGUUGCAAUAGACGACAUUUUAUACAAGCUGGACAGUCCAUUACGAGCCGUCAAUGUCUGCUUUAAGUGCAUUCAUGCCUUACAUGCACAGUACCCAGUGCAAAGUGAACGCCCGUGGUUGGUACUACAGCAGAUCAUUUAUGACAUCUACACGCCGUGGGACGCUCAGAUUCCUGUUGUGAUACAAAUGUGUAAGAAGUUUGCACUCGCGUAAUACGAAGUACAAUUUUAAAGACUGUUGUAUAAUAUAGAUUAUAAAGAUAUAGAUAUAGAUAUAAAUUAUAAUAUAGAUUAUAAAGAGUUAUAUAAACUGCGUUAAUUGGUAUGUUUAGUCGUUGAUAGUCUCCCGUCGGGCUGUAUAGAUUAGGUUAGGUCCUCAUUGCAGAUCAUUGGUUAAAACACAAGCCGCUAAAAUGCCGCAUUGCACAGAAUGUGGCCUUCUCGUGCUGUCGGUACAAGCUCUUCAGAUACACAAUACAAUUGUGCAUAACUUAUCUAACUCUGCAGUAUUUAGAUGUAAAGAAAAUGAUUGUUUCCGCGAUUUUACAACGUGGAAUGCAUUCAAGAAACAUUUACUUUUCGCGCACAGCUGUUUUUUAAAAACUCCAUCCCAGGAACGACAUUGUAGAGACCGUUCUAAAGAGCCCGAAAUAGGGAAUGCAGACUACGAUGAACCUAUCAUUGAUGAUUCUGCUAUUGCAGCACAUAAAUUUUGGGAAUCGCCAUCCGAUUCUAUGCAAAGCGCUAAUUCCACAUACUCCCGACGGAAUAUAACGUAUACUCUCGCUUUGAAAGAAACUUUUAGAUUAUUUUUUAGACAGCUGUGCGAGCGAGGACUUGUUUCAAAAUUUGAGGUAGGACCUCAUAGUCUUAUGGACCAAAUAUGCCUUGAGGAAAUUGCAAACUCAUUACCGGCUGUAGAAUUCCAAAUUAAUACUUAUAUCAACGUGCCGUGGGUAAUUUCGAAGGGUAUUUCGUACAAAUUAAAUACCUGCCUAGUUCUGAAACUUGAUUUGGAUGAGAUACCUGUUUUCGGCAUUAUUAAAACAAUUAUCUGCAAUGAGGAUAAAAAAGUAAUCGUUCAAUGCAACAUGUGCACAAACGUUGGAUUUAAUGAAAACCUUUAUUCCUAUGAAAUAAUUAGUACAAAUAAUUACAAAUUC